GGUAAUGACCAGGAGGAUUCCGAACAUAACAACAUUUUACAUACAAUUGUGGCAGAGCUCGUGGAUUCAUCAAGCGAAUCAGACGACGAGAUUUAUCAACUGCUUGCUGGGAAUUCUGACAGCGAAGAUGCUGCUGUCAUUGAACAAAUUUUAAAAGUUACUCGACGAACACCCAGAAAUUGUAUAAAAAACUACUUUGAAUGUGUAGUACCCACAUACACCGACAAAGAAUUUGUUACACAUUUUCGUAUUACGAGGGAGCUAUUUAACAAUUUAGCAAUGAAAUAUGAGGGAAGCAACGUAUAUAGAAAUCUGCGCUCCAAUAAGAGAUUUUCAGCAGACAAAAGUUUAGCUUUGUUUCUGUGGUUUGCCGGCCAUGAAGCGUGCAGUUUCCGCGACUUGGCCGACCGCUUCGAUCUAACAAUUUCUAGCGUUUCCCGUACGAUUGAAAGACUGACAGUUUUCAUUAGUAGAAUGAGCCCAGAGUGCAUUAAAUGGCCCAGCACUCAGAGAAAGCAAGAAACCGCCAAUUAUUUCGCGAAGUUUAGAUUUUCAAAAGCACAGGUAAAAAAUUUUAAAAAUGAUUGA